CCUUACAGCUGCCCCCCGCCCCAAAGUGGCUGCAUCUCAGUGCCAGGUGAACUGUCCCCGUUUGGCGUUGUGCGGCUGUUCCCCAGCUGCCCCGCCCCAGAAGUGGCUGCAUCUCAGCGUCCCUGUACAGCCAGCAUUGCUGUGCAGCUGUUCCCUAGGUGCCCUGCCCCACAGCCGCUUGUCCUCGCCUGUAGUUCAUUGUGAUGCGGAGAAUGGUUUGGCCGGUUGUAAAUUCAAGGGCGGCUUUGCUUCCUGGUGACUGACAAAGGCUCAUGAACACACAGGCUUCCUUUGUCUUUCCUUUUGUCAGAGAGGAAAUUGCUCUCCAGUCUGCUCAGGGUUCCCACAAGCCACAACCCUGAGGGAGGAACCCAGGCAUCCGGGGUAGCAAAGCCGUAAAUUAUAGCCCUGGGAGUCGGCACCUGCCACAGAGGGGUCAUUCAGUCUGGGCCUGGGUGGGGACAUCUGGCCCAGGCCUUUUGAGAGCGGGAGGGCUCGGGAUGUGGCAGGGCUGGGACCCAGGAGUCCGGGACCACAGUGCUGGGGGUUCAUCUCAAGAGGGCCCCGCAUCUCCCAGGGAGCAAGGGGGAUGGGAAGCAGGCGUCCAGAGCAGAGAGAAAGGAUUGGGCCUGAUGGAGUGGGGCCGGGCCCGGCAGGUCUAUCUGGUGACGGGCGGCUGCGGGUUCCUGGGCUCCCAUCUGGUGCGGAUGCUGGUGGAGCGGUCGCCCAACGUGGCCGAGGUGCGCGUCUUCGAUCUGCAGCUGGAUCCGGCCCUGCGGCAGCUGGGGACAGACAAGGUGAAGGUGACCCUGAUCUUGGGGGACAUCAGUAGCCCCACGGACGUUGGGGCUGCCGUGAAGGGGGCGGACGUGGUGAUCCACGCAGCCAGCUUGGUGGACGUGUGGGGCAGGGUCCCACCCGAGAAGAUCACGGAGGUGAACGUUCACGGGACCAAGAACGUGAUUGAUGCCUGCAUCGAGCAUGGGACCCAGUAUCUGAUCUACACCAGCAGCAUGGAGGUUGUUGGCCCCAACACCAAGGGGGAUCCCUUCUACAGGGGGAAUGAGGACUCGGCCUAUGAUGCCCAGCACGAGCAGCCAUACCCCCUGAGCAAGGCGCAGGCCGAGCGCAUGGUCAUCGAGGCCAAUGGGACACCUCUGGGGGGUGGCCGGUGGCUGGUGACCUGCGCCCUGCGCCCCACGGGGAUCUAUGGGGAGAAACACCCGCUAAUGAAGGAAUUCUACGAGAAGGGGCUGCAGACGGGACGGAGGCUGCUCCGGGCCAUUCCUGUCAGCACCGAGCAUGGCCGGGUCUACGUGGGUGAGUGACAACCCGAUGCCCCUCACUCCC